AUGGUGGUGUUUCGCGUACCAGCAGCUGCGACGCUCGCUGCUCGGUCAGCCGCAGUCGCCGCUGCGGCGCUCCAGUCAAAAACUAGUUCUCCCGAACCGACUAUCCGGGAAGCACUCUCUGGCAUAUUUGGCAGCGUCAGCUUAACAGCAUGGAUAUGUCUACUGCUACCGCAACUGAUCCAGAACUACAAGGGCCAAAGCGCGGAUGGCCUAUCGAUGGCAUUCCUCUUUGUCUGGCUUCUUGGUGAUGCCACAAACUUAUCAGGCGCCCUCUGGACCGGCCUCGCACCAACAGCCGUUGCCCUCGCCUUCUACUUCUGCAUUGCCGACAUCGUCUUGAUCACCCAGUGCCUCUACUACAACACAAAGUCCGCUCGUCGGGAUCGGCUGCUUCGCCAGGGCCGCACACGGCGUCGGAGCUCGUCUACGGCCGUAGCGGGCCAAAGUGGUGAUGACGACGUGAGUGAGGAGGUGAUUUCCGAGGAGGGCGAGGAGGACGAGGACGAUAGUCCGCUUCUGGCCCGCCGCCGUAGCUCCAGCAUCGGCCUGCCUGGCUCACACCGCCGUCACUCGAUCCGCCGGUCCGAGUCCAGCCUGGAUCCCCUGCGCCGCAUCAUUACCGGCGAAGAUGAGACCCCCGACAGCAACCCUUGGCUGCAUAACACGUUGAGCCUGGUGGCUGUGUGGAUUGUGGGCGCGCUGGGCUACUUUGUGUCGUACCGCAUGGGCGCAUGGGAUGCAACGGACCCUGUGGAUGGUGGUGGCGGCAAUGCUGCCAACCCGGCGCCGUCCAAGGAGGACGACGUGUACGCCAAGAUCGGCCUGGCGCUUGGCUACUGUAGCGCCGUGUUUUACCUGUGCGCUCGCAUCCCGCAGAUCUUGAAGAACUACCGCGAGAAGUCCUGUGAAGGCCUGGCACUGCUCUUCUUCCUUUUGUCCCUGACAGGAAACUUCACCUACGGAGCCAGCUUGGUGGCCUACUCCCAAGACGGCAAGUACCUCCUCAACGCGCUGCCGUGGCUUCUGGGCUCGCUCGGCACCAUUGUCGAGGACGUUAUAAUAUUCUUCCAGUUCCGCCUCUAUUCGCCGAAACGCAACGCCAUCAAGCCCACCGCUGGCUCGUCUGUCAACGGCUCGGCGACGUCUUACGGCACGGUUUAG